AUAGACUAUAGUUUGAUGUUGCCCGGAAUAAUUCGAGAUAAUACAAACCGGCACUGGCCGAGCGACGCUGGGCAAGAAACGACGCUACACCCCGCCCUCUGUUAACAUCGUAGAAACCAAAGUUUAGUUAAAAUGCCGAUGUACGAGAGGCCUCCGUUCUGGCGAGUGCCCCACCAGAAACCAAGAGCAGACGAGACCAGGUUCUAUGGACUUAGAAGAAGGGGACCACCUAACCAGGUGACCCCGGGCACCCCCGCUGGACGCGAAUUGGUCCGCGGAGACAUAAUCGCAAAGAUCGACGAUUACGACGCGAGAGAUCUACGACACGAGGACGCACAGAAUCUAUUCAAGAACGCUGGCAACCAAAUCAGAAUUGUUGUACAAAGGGGCGGAUCGGGUCCUCACCUAUACUCAGUACCGCGUGCAUCCGGCAGCUUUGUAGGGCGUGUGCCUACACCCACAUUCUAUCAUGAAUUCGCUGAGGACGUGGACCGGGAAGGGCCCAGAGGUGCGUCGCACGCGCCACGGUCGCCUAUCCCGAAUGCUGUUGCGCCACCUUACAGGACGCCUAGCCCACUGCCACCAUCACCUGCUCCAUGGACCGGCAAAGGCCCCGAAUCUCUACCAAGAACCCCAGUUCCUCCCUAUGGCCAGUUCCCCGUCCAGUACGAAGGGGAUUACAGGACAUACUUGCUGUCGCCCUCGUCGACGCGCACUGACGAAACAUUUGAUGAAUCUAUUACAAGCCAGCCAUACCGCACAACACCUCUAGUGUUGCCCGGCGCCAAGGUCCGCCGUGAGCCUGGCCCCACAGAAAGCUACCUGCGUCACCACCCCAACCCCGCCAUCCGUGCACCCCCACACCACGACUACCGUGAUACUGUCAUGAAACAGAGGGUUGCCGAGUCGGUGCUGCAGCGAGUGGUGGGCGAGGAUGGAAAUAAGAUGGUGCACAAGCAAUUCAACUCGCCGAUUAAUCUGUACUCGGACCAGAACAUCGCUAACUCGAUAAGGCAACAAUCCUCGCCAUUGCCCGCUAACGGCCAUUACGGGCGCCCGCACGUUGUCAAGAGUCACAAGCCCACGAUGCUGUACGACCCGGCCAAGUCGGAGACGUUCCGCGCGCUGCAGGAGGAGGGCCUGGGCGACGUAGUCCAGGAGGUGCCCACACCCGUGCAGACCAAGGUUUUCACCGCGCCACCAAACAAGAGGCAGGCGCCCACUCCGAGACCAAUGAAACAGCCCGAGGGGAAACCGAAGGGAAAACAAACGACCUUCGUGAACUCACUACACGAAGAGCACAUCCAGCAAUCGAACUCGUUUAAACGUCUCAUGUACAACGUGCUCGGCGAUACCGAGUUUUAGCAGGCCAACACAGUAUUAACGUCAUACUAAUGUAUCGAUAGAUGCGGCAAACUUGACGUAGGUAACCCCUUUAUAGACUACUAGCUACUUUAUCUGUCAAAAUAAUACUCAAAGUAUUAUAUUUUCAACAAUGCACACAGUCGCUUAACGCCCCUAAGUGCACUAAGCCGAUGCCCCAAAGUUUGCCACGCAUAUGUCAAGGACUGAUGUUGAGAAUGGUUUUAUGGCGGUUAGACGAAGGCGCCGAUAGACAUUGACUUGUUGAUUUAGUAACGGUAUAAGACUAACACCAUUAAUUUUAGGAGGCUAUUUAUUAUAAUGCUCCUGGCAGUGUGUAAUAUUAUUUUUCGGUGGAUUUAAUUAUUCUAAUACUCGAGUAUUAGUGAUAUAAUUUAUAUUUAUACUUUAAGUAGAAAUGUAACUAUUAUUACUAAGUGUUGAUUUUCUGUUUGUACAGAAAUAUAUUGUUUAUGUAUUAUGUGAAAUGUUGAGUGUACAGUCUAGUCACAUCGACCCGAGCUCUGGUCGUACCCACGAGUAUGAAA